AUGAGGGAAAGAAUGAAGAAAACGAGUGAUAUUGUGAAGAAGCACACAGAUAAGGCUAAGGACAAGCAGAAGAAGAACUAUGAUAGAAAAGCAAAGGCUGUGAAGAUCAAGGUUGGAGACAGAGUCAUAGUCAAGAUCUUAGCACAUGUUGGAAAGCAUAAGAUACAGGACAAUUUUGAAGAAGAAAUAUACGAAGUUAUUGACCAACCAAGAGAAGACAUUCCUGUGUUCAAGAUAAGAAGCGAGAAGACCAAGAGGGAGAAGACGUUGCAUAGGAACCAUCUUGUUCUCGUAGAUUAUGAGGACGAUGAAGAUAUAGACGUUGCAACAGAGGAGCCUGGAGAUACAUCAACGUUGAAUGAUGGUGGUGUACAGGCAGAAGAUGUAGAGAAAAGAGAACUAGGGAACCCAGAUGUUGAAGAAAAGAAGAAAAUAGGUGACGUCACAGAAGAAGAGUCAGAUUCUGAUGAAGAAGUAAGCUUCUAUUAUGUACCUCCUACAUAUAGAGAUGGGGACGCCCAUCAGCUUGCGAGUAUAGAAGAUGAAGUAGUAAAGGCAGAUAACGGUAAAGAAGAACAGAGACCAGAUAUCAGGCCUGCGGUUAACGAAACUGAGUCUCCAGAAGACACAGUGCGUAAAGUGAUACGCGAAGAUAACUUCAGUGGAAGUGGAAACAGAAGUGAUGAGACAGUGGUAAAAGAACCAGGAAUUGUAGUAGAAAGAGAUGGAACUUUUGAAAAGAGAAGAGGAGAAGAACCCGGUGAUCAUUGUACAGGUACAGAACCAGACCAGGAUGAAGCUCAGAUAACAGAUAGAGAAAACAACAGAAUUCACACAAGACAAGACCGAUCAAGAAGUAGAUCAAGAGCCAGAAGACGUGAAAUAGAAGCUGAGGAAGCUAAUAGAUCUAAGAGUAGAUCAACGGCUAGAGAUUCAAGAAGUCUUAGUAGAAGAAGAAGCGAUGCAAGCAGGGAAGCGUCCUUGCAGAGGAAACAGUAUGAAGAAGAUGCCCAGAACACAGAAUUAAGAAGAUCUUCUAGACAGAGGAAACCACCUUCCAGAUAUGAAGACUUCCAUAUGCAUUCUUUGGUGACACGCCCGACCGAUUCUAGAAUUCAGGCCUUGGAAGAACUAGUAAACUCAGGGAUACUGAAGAACAUUGAUGCAAUGAUUGCACAGAAACUAGUAGACUCGGUUUUUAAAUAAGUAAUGUAACUGAUUUGUAUUUGUCUGAAUUUGCUGGAAAAUUUGAAAUCAUUUGGAAAAGUGCAUGAUUAUUCCAUAGUAUAAGGAGGUAGUCUGAGGUAUGGUGAUUAACCAAGGUAUAUAGUAUAGUACAGGCUAUUCUGUAGAGUAUGUUAUAAUUAAGUUGAGCUUGGUGAUAUUGAGUAGUGUGUAGUAUAGUAAAUCAGUACAGGUGAAUGACGGGACGUCAUUUUUCUCAAAGCAGGGGUGUGUGUAACCCGGUGCUAAUUUGCCGUUUUUACUAUUUCCUUGAUAGAAUAUUAUGUUGUGGAAUUAGCGUUUUCACGCACGGAGAUUUUCGUGAGAUGUUCUCACUUCAAACAUUACUUUUGGGAGACAUCUUGUAUUGUACUUUUUAAAGUUAGGAGUUUUAGCAUUAUGAUAUGUGAUUAACAGUACACUGACAACACGGUUAUGGGGUGAGAUAGGAGACGUUUCGAGAUAUUUAUAGGACAUUUGGUUCCACAUACCUUAUGUUCAGUUAUAUUAUAGAACGACACAGUUGUGAUACUCGUGGAAUACACAUAUGAUGAAAAGAUAUUGUAGUUGUCAAUUUAUCCACUUCAACCUUAAUCCACCUGGACAUUAAACCCGAACCUUACAUGUCGACUCUAACUUUCUAUUUACCGGAAAUGUUGGCAUGUUACAAAUGGCGCCCAACGAGGGACUGAUGGAGAUUAACAGUACACUGACAACACGGUUAUGGGGUGAGAUAGGAGACGUUUCGAGAUAUUUAUAGGACAUUUGGUUCCACAUACCUUAUGUUCAGUUAUAUUAUAGAACGAUACAGUUGUGCUACUCGUGGAAUACACAUAUGAUGAAAAGAUA